UGCUUUGCCUUCUGCGCAUGCGCUACCUCGAAAGGAGAGCUGUCGAGGUCGAAUCGUAGGAUUUCCUUAGUAUUGGUCAAACUACGGCAAAAAUGCCUACAGAUUUUGAUAAAGGAGCGUACCCAGAGCCUCCUCGGCAGACCCCGGCUGUGGACAAACAGACAGCGCUGCCAAACCCGGCCCUGAUUCUGUCGAAACUCUUCUAUUACUCCGUGGACUUGCCCGUCACCACAUUUAGAGAUGUUGUGGACAGCAUUCGGGCUAAAAACAGGUCCGUGUACUACCACCAAAAAUUCCGCCGUGUCCCGGACCUGACCGAGUGCCAGCAGGGAGAUUACCUCUGCUACUAUGAGGCAGAGAUGCAGUGGAGGAGAGACUAUAAGGUGGACCAGGAGAUCGUGAAGGUGAUCCAGGAGCGUCUGAGGGCCUGCCAGCAGCGAGAGGGAAGCAGCUACAACCAGAACUGUGCCAAAGAAAUACAGCAGUUCAACGAGGUGACCAAGAACUUCCAGUCACGCUACGGAGACCUGGGAGCGUACGCCAGUGGGAGGAAAUGUCUAAUGAAGCAGAAAGAACAAAUGAUGGCAGCUCAGGCCCAGAGUGCUUAAGAACAGUUCUCAGUCCAGUGUAAUAAUUGUAAAAUAAAAUGUAUGUCACAAAUCA